UUUAUUAUCCAUUCCCGUGUUGUUCUCCAAAACGGAAAAUGACCCUCCGUCUAGUGUCAGCACCGCCAUCAUUCUCUCUCUUCACCUGCCGCUCCACCGCGUCCACCGCGUCCACCGCCCUCCCUCCGCCUACGCCGACACCAACGCCAGUGCCAGCUUCUUCUAUUCCACCGUCUCCGCCGUUGACGUGCGCACUUCAUUGCCCGCACUUCCAAUCGUGUUCGGGGUGCACGCACGAGUUCAACCUCCACCGUCCGGUCAUAUUGGACGAUGCCAACGAUUUCUUUCGGAAACACGGUGUCUCCGACUUCACAUUUGACACGUGUAAACUGUGGGGUUGGAGGUGCCGUGCGAAAUUGGCCGUGCGUGGCUCUUCAACGGAGCCUCUGAUCGGGCUCUAUGAGGAGGGUACUCAUAACAUAGUUGACAUUCCACAAUGCAAAGCUCAUCAUCCUAAUAUUAAUGCUGCUGUGGAGCUGCUUCGACGGGGUAUUACUGAAUUAGGCAUUGGACCAUACAUUGAAGAUGAAGUUACCGGUGAUUUGCGAUAUGUCCAGAUGGCGGUGACGACUUAUAAUACAUCUCUUCCUGCGGCUGAAAGAUAUAUGAACGGAAAGGUUCAGAUUACAUUGGUUUGGAAUUCUAGAAAUGAAAAUUCACCUGGUGCUGACAAACUGAAUGCAUUGGCAAAUUUUCUAUGGAAAAAUGGUGGGCCACGGAGCAGGGUUCAUUUAAUUCACUCUGUGUGGGCGAACUUUCAGACUUCUACUAACAAUAUAAUUUUUGGGAAUAGAUGGAGACAUCUUCUUGGAGAAAGAGAUUUUUGGGAACAUGUUGGUGGAAUUGAUGUGUCCUUGGCACCUUCUAGUUUUGGCCAGGCAAACACACGGGCUUUUGAUACCUUGCUGCGGAAAUUACAGAAAUAUGUUCCAUAUGAAUCAGCUGUUGCUGAUUUGUAUGCUGGAGCUGGGGUUAUUGGGUUGUCAUUAGCUGCCACGAGAAAAUGCAGAUCUGUAAAAUGCAUUGAGAUAAACAAAGAGUCGAAGGCAUCUUUUGAGAAGACCAUUGAACGUUUACCUUCCACUGUUGACAGCAGUAUUACUUGGCAUCAUGCAGAUGCUUCAAAGGAGCCUUUUUUGUGGCUUGUGGGAUCAGAUGUUGUUGUCAUUGAUCCUCCUAGAAAAGGACUAGAUGCAUCUCUUAUUGAUGCAUUGAAAAACAUAUCAUCAAUCGAGCGGAAAGCCUUGUCAUCUUCUGAAAGCUCAAACUCAUCCCAGGAAGAGAAAAGACCAUGGGUUUUACGUGCUAAAGAAGCUUCAGUCCAGAUUGGAAGCAAACCACUACCGGCUAACAUCCCUCAAUCAGUGCCACAAACCCUUAUUUAUAUAAGUUGUGGAUGGGAAAGUUUUAAAGAGGACUGCAAGUCAUUGUUGUCUAGCAAGGCAUGGUAUUUGGAAAAAGCUCAUGGAUUUAAUUUCUUUCCUGGUACCCAGAGCAUUGAAGUCCUAGCAGUGUUCAAGAGGGGCCCUCAGAAAAAGAAACCAGGAAAGAAAAAGAAAAAACACUUGCAAAGAGCUGUGAAACAUUAACUUGGACAGGGUUCGAUAUACAGAUUUUCGUGUACAACAUCAAAUUUAUGUAAUGUUGCAUUGAAGAAAAGAAAUGGCAAGUUUUAUAGUACUUUGGAGUGGUGAAAGUUUACCAUUGCCAUUUGCGGGGCGGGGUCGGGGGAAGUCGUUUGUAUUGGGGGAAAAAGGAAUUGUGUUUCAUCGUUUGAUUAAUUGUGUUGAAAGAAUAUUAAAAUUUGAAUAUAGUUUUACAUUGCUUUUGUAUCUUAUUCAACAUGCUUUUGAUAUAAGUAAUACAAAAUUGAGGAAUAACUUGAGGAAUUAUGAAACCAACUUGCCCCAAGAGGGUGCGGCUUGACCAUUCAAUCUCAAUUACUAGGAAAGCUUCAAUUUCUUUUUCCUCUGCUCUUAGAUUUUGCCAGCUGAGGAAAGACUGUCAAAAUGUUGUGUGCCAGAAGAUCUUGCCUGGUCAAGAUCCCAAUUACUGGGGAUACCUGUGACGAGGUGACAUCAUUUGAUGACGAAGUCCAACUUGCCUGAAGAGAAUCAUUGCUUUUGCUACUGACAUGCUCUCUAGCACGGUAAAGGGAGUUGUAUUGGUUAGAGGAUGUAGAUCUACAAACAUCUCCAUUUCCUCGCUGGUCACAGCCACCCCUUCAAUACUUCCUUCUCUCUCAGCAAGCUCUACCCAGGUAAAUUUCUCUCUCACUUCCCAGUCCAUUGUUCUCCUUCUUUCUUUAAAGAACCACUUCUUCUUUAGUGCUUGGAUGAGAUGUGCUCUUAAAACUAGUCCAUGCAACUCUGUUGCUCCAUUGGCAUGUCCUACUACUGGUGGUACUACUACCCCAUCAUCCAAAACAGGAAAGCCAUUAUGCGUAGUGUUUUUCAAGACAUCUACUAUUUUAGAUACCUUCUCUAUUCCGUGGAGGGUAAUCACCGAUGGCUUUACAUCAACAAGCUCACCCACAGUGAGAUUUCUCAUCCAUGGCUCGGGGUUUGCAUCCAUGAAAGGGAGACCUUUCAAGUGCAGUAUAAUUUCAUAGAUACUUGGGUUGAAACUGUCUCCCACAGUUUUGGCUAUUAGGAGAACAAUCAUUGUUAUUGGUAAUAGAAGAAGAUUAUUGGUGAGUUCUAGAAAGAUCACACAAAGGGAUACCGUCAUCCUCAUGGAACCAGCCAUGAGGGAGGCUGCACCAAGUACGGCAAACAGCCCUUGGUCAAUGUUUGUAUGAGGCCCCAUAUAGAAGCCAAGAAGGCGUCCAUAACCUGAGCCCAUAAGAAUAAUUGGGAGGAAAAGCCCAGAUGGCACUGCAAUUCCAAAAGUAACUAGUCCUAAUAUGCAAUAUAGUACAAAGAAAAUUAGGAGGGACAUGGGUUGAUAUUCUAGAGGGGUGUUGGUUGAGAAUAUGUUUCGAACAGCAUCGUCAUUAGUGGUAAGCAGCAGAGUGGCCAGAUCGUUAUAGAAGCCAGGUGGACAGUUGAAUUGUUUGAAAUUUCCGGAUCGUCCAUUGGUGGGGCAUGCUGACUCUGGAAUCGAUGAAUCACAUGGGGUACAUUUUGCUAAGAAUGGGAGACCAUAUUGGCACAUAGAUGUGAAGAGUGCAACUGCAAGACUGAGGAGGAGUUUAUGUAUCUUUCCUUUCCUGCAACAAUUAAAGACAGGCAUCACCUUAGUAAUCAUGUAAUUUUUUUAUGUGUUGGCAUUUUGGCGUUUCUUUAUUAUAGAGCAAGAAUCCAGGAUACCCUUUGGGGUGUAAUUCUAUUAUAUACCCUCAAGUUAGGGUGCAUCCUGGAUCUCUUAUCUGUUACUGUUGGAUAUGAAUAAAAUAAAUAGACGUUAUUUAUUUAGUUCAAAUCCUAUGGUUAUGCACCCUACCUUAAUGAGUGCGUUGUAGAAUUCCUCACAGUUUGGGGUCAUGCUGCAACUUUAGUUCAUUGGAUGCUAUCAUUUAUUGAUUUUGAUAUUUUUUUUCUAUAUUUUUGGCUUAGUAGCUGAACACACAUCUUGCACACAUGUUUUCAUUGGACAAUGCAUUUGUGGUCAGUAUAGAACAUUAAAUCAUGAUAUUUUUUCCUUUCAGUCUUAUGUGUUUUUAAAAGUUAAGGAUGUGCAAUAUGUUGAGGCGAGGGUUGGAUAUCAUUGCUUACUGAUUGAUGAGAUUGUAGAGUCUGAGGAUCUUGUGUAGCACAUGAUUGUAAAGGCUUCCCAAUACCCCGCCUAUGAUACCAAUGACUACAACGAUGACAAUAUCCAUAGCAUGGUACCUCACUGUGACAUUGCUUACAUCAAACAUAAUCAGACCUCCUUCACCAAAAAGGCCACAUUUUCCAGAAUUGCAGAUUUCAAUGAAGGCCCUGAGAACCACCACCACCACAGCUGUGCUAAAAAAGGUUCUCCAGAGUAGAGCACUUCUCCACCAGGUUGCCACCUCUUCAAGAGCAAAGAGAACUCCACCCACUGGAGCCCGGAAAGCUGCACAAACUCCCGAAGAUGAACCACAGGUGAUAAGAUCCCGACGGUCACGAUCAUUGUUAAAAUAUCGAAGCCAACGCCAUUUGAUCCUGUAAUUGUCGGGGCCUCCCUGGCCUAGUAAGGAAGCAAUGCAGCUUCCUAUGUGUACCAACGGUCCUUCUUUUCCCAAAUCUAGUCCUGCAGAGACAGCUCCAAUGCUUCCAAUUAUCUACAACAACCAAUGCAUGGGAUAAGAUAUCAAUAAAAACUGGAAAAGUAACAUUGAUCAGCAAUUAGAGAUUUAAACAUAUGAUGCAAGAAGGACCAGUAAUUUUUGUACAACAGUGUUUCUGUUAAACGUGGAUACCAUUUCCAUUAUAGUUACUAUGGUCGUGAAUUUUACCGAUAACAAGACUUGUAAACUUGGCCAGUCAUAUUUGUAAGGGUGUGUUUGGGAAACAAGUAUUUUCCAGUUCAGCAAUUUUGUUGCUUCUGUUUUA